GUCCCGCUGAUCCGAACGUUUACCGACGACUGACCCAGUUAUUCGCUCUGACGCAUAGACUAUGGCACCGGUGCAUCUGCUGGUCCUUAAGUAUCGACCCUUUGGCUCGUGAUUCCCAGCGCUGAUGAAAGCUGGUUUGUUUCAGUACUUUAAGCCUUCGCUGACCCCGUCUCUAUUACCUUCGAACUCUCCACUCCAAUCUUUGUUGUCGUUUUGUUCUUGCUUGUCUGACAUCUUUCCUUGUGUCAGUACUGUGGCCGUAGAUCGUGUCAAACUGGCUAGAUUAUAUACCUCCCGUUGAUCUUAUACGCCAUCUACCACUUCAGACCAGCAA